AGUUAAGGAUUCAAGGGAUGUGACAAUUGGUGCAGUUAUUAAAAUAACUUUCAUUAUGUAUCAUCGGGGAGAGAAGAAAGAGCAAGCAAAGAGCGGAACUCAUCAUAUAGAAGUUGUGGAGUUGCUCUCUUUACUGGAGACAAAUGACAAUCAUGUGGUGGAAGAAAUUAAAAUGUUGAUACAUGAACAACUGAAUAACACUAAAGAAGCAUGGUUGUUACAUGGCCUAGUAGAUUACUUUUUAGCUAUGCAAUCACAGCAGUGUUUAGAAAUUAUUGUGGGUGUUAGAGAACCACAUGAUAAGCAUUUGUUUGAUAAGCUGGCAGACUGUUUAAAAGGUAAUUCAAGGUAUGAUGCUCUUACUCUCUUGGGAUAUAUUGUUUGUAGACAUCCUUCUUGGUUACAUAAAAUCACUCAACAUCAUAUAAUGCACAAUUUAAUUAAUAUUCUCAAGACAGAUACUACCAUAACAAACUUAGUGAGUGCUGUUCUUAUUAUUGUCACAUUAUUACCUGUAAUACCUUCACUUAUUGGUUCUCACCUUCAAGAAAUUUUCGAAUCAUUCUCACACUUAGCAUCUUGGAGUACAAAAAAACCUGGCAAUAUACCUGAAAUUUUUAUUCUACAUCUUCAAGUUAGUGUUUACGCAUUAUUUCACCGUCUGUAUGCCAUGUAUCCUUGUAAUUUUCUCGCUUACUUGAGUUCCUAUUAUGGCCGUCGUGAUCAAAAUCAAGAAAGUUUUCACGUCUUCGCUGAAACUAUUAAGCCAAUGUUAGAACGAGUAAGAUUACAUCCAUUAUUAGUAACAGCAUCAAAAGAAACAGAGCUGACAACAACGAGAUGGAAAAAAAUGGAUUUACAUGACAUAUUAGUAGAAUGUGCAAAAGUUUCUUUAGAUUUAAUUGAAGGAGCAUGCGAAGAAGUACCCCAAUGCCAAUUACCAAAGCCAUGUCAAAUUAUGGGUGGUAAACAUGGCUUUUCAGCUUCAAAUGUCCAUAGAGAAUCCACUUCUCUGCCAUUUACUCCUGCUAGUCCUACUUCAGUAGUUAAUGAAGCUUUAACAAAAUGUCAAACAAAAGAGCAUGGUUACAUAUGGAGUCCUUCUACAGUUUGUGAUUUAGAUGUAUCUCCCUCUAAUAAAUUAAGUCCUUCAGAAACUUCUACAACUAGUACACAACCUGAUUCAGGUAAUAAAAAAGAACUUUGAAAUUUAUAUUCAGUUUUAUGUUCAGAAAUUUUUAAUUAACAAAAUAUAUGAAGAUAUAAAAAAAUAAAUA